AUGACCAAAGUACAGAAGUCGGACCCAGGCCUACCUUCGAGGUCUGACAGCUUCUUAAAAAUGCUGGAUCUGGAGAAAAGGUACAAGAUGCAACGUAUCCAAGGUCAUACCCCCGCGACGAUCAUAUCGCCAAGUACAAGUUCACCCUCCGCCCAGCCAGAUAAACCGUUUAAGGCUCGGCGUGUAAGCGGACAUCCUCCGCUUUCGCACCAAAUCCAGAUAAUGAAAGCCGUGCGGCGGAGCUCUGCUCUUCCUUCGCUUUCAAUAUCUAUACCUCCUUCGGCUGAGGACCCUGCCGUGGCAACGAAUGGACCUCCCGGAGACCUGCAACCAAGAAAGGAGGAACGCACUAAAACGGUAACAUUCUCGGGUCCCGAGGUAGAGGAUGACGGCGAUUCUUCUGGCCAGUCUUCCAUAUGCCAAUCACCUAGCUGGGAACAGUACGGACGUAAGAAAAAGAAGAAGCCUAAGAAGCAGGACGCGGACGCGGACGCAGACGCGGGAAAAAAGGGUGAGGAAAAAUCCGCAAACACUUUGAGGAAAAAGGGGAACAAGCUGAGCAAGGUUCCGCCACCUAAUUUUCAAGGGGUUGAAUCAUUGAUAACGACGGACCGUUCACAAUCAGCCCCUGAGUUAGACCGCUUUCUUAAAUCUAACGCUGCUAAACUAGAUACUCCCAUUCCAACGCCACCAGACGAGAUGACCAACCAGAAACUUGACAGCAAGCCGAAGAGCAAAGGCUUCUUAUCUGGGUUCAGAUUACAACAUGGGAAUGUGGCGGCCGUCCAGAAAAUCCUCGAUGGCCAGAGAACCAGCAGCGAUGAAAAUCAUUCCGGAGGAUCACCUAUGUUGAAACCUCAAAAUUCCGCCCCGGUAGACUCUAACUUGAUAAAUCUUCGAAAGCCUCCUUCGAUCAUGUCAGCCGUCUCGAAUUCAACUCGAUCCAUUUCUUCUCUGGACCAAUUACCAUCAAACGCUCGGAAUUCGGCCGGUUCAAGCCAUGGUCGUUCACAAUCAUUACUCUCAUCCACUUUGAAUAAGCUGAAAGGGCCGUCCUAUCUCUACUAUCGCCCUCCCGAAAUUUCCAAAGGCAUCAAAUUCCAGCGUCCGAGCAGCUCUCAUGAAGCAGAUAUUACUACCGGCUUGCCGGACAACCAACCUUCGAAACGCCCCGUGGUGCAACAGCCAGAACGCCCUAGAGAACGCUCUUCGAAAUCUGUAGAUUCUACCCAAAAACUUCCCGAGUUUUCGUUUCCGCCGAAACCCAAACAUGUCGUUACUCAACCUACAGUAGAAGUCGUCGCUCGUAGUCCUCGGCCUCAAGCUCGUAUAGAAGAUCCAGGAGACACUGGUAACGGAUACGAGGCACCAGAACCUAAUUCAUACCGCGGUCGUCGUAUUCAGAUGCCACAGGAUCGCGUGCCGACUCGAGAAGUAGCUAUGGAGAGAGAUAGACGAUCUCGACCCGAGCGUGCGCCUCGGGCCCCAAGACAGCCGGCCGAAUAUGUAGAAAAUGACAAAGACAUUCCUCAACAAGCUGAGCAACUUCGUCGAAGACUCGAGUCAAAGUACCACACCAAUCAACAGAUGAAUGGAUAUGUGCAGCCGCGAGUAGAAAGUUGGGUAGAGUCUGAGCACACCCCAGGGCCAAGGCCUUCUAGCCAGCAAGAACCCACUUAUAUCAAAAAUGAAAAGCUCAACCACGCAGAGCCUGACCUCAGUAGGGAUGAAGAAGAUGAUGGGGGGUCUAUUGGAACUCAUGCAUCAACGAUCAGGCCAGUUUCUCGAAGACAAGGACGUAAUUCCCCUCCGACGGACGGAAGGACGCACGUUACUUUCCCAUCCAGUCCGAACAUGAUCGGGAGAGCUGUCACGUCUGAUUCGACGGACGAAGAAGUGCGAAUACCUGUCACGCAGCCACCAAAAUCAAAUCAGUCGACCGAAGGAGAGGAAGUCAUACCCGCAGGAAACCCGCAGAGGCCAGACAGAUCCGCUGAUUACUUCUCCUUCGUCAAUCAGUCGUAUGCUCCUCCCUCUCUGGAGCUACGAUCACCAAAUGACGGCAAAUUCACAUCGCCGCGAAUCGAUGAGGAACCCGAGGAAGAUGACAACUUAUAUCGUAUAUUACGGCAAAUUCCGGCUAAAAGAGCCAACGAAGUUACCUCGCCGUCCGAAUACCCAAGUCAAACUGCUAUGCCAAGUUCAAAUGUCACUAAUAGGAUUGUAAGACAAAGGCCAACCAAAAACUCGCCUUCUCUUUCUUCUCAUUAUUCCGAUAGCGAUGUACCGGCACUCGAACGCCUGGGCAUAUCGCCGAAAGCCGCAAGGAUUCUUGCCGGGGUAGAAACAUCCAGCACAUCGACUUCUCAAUCAAAUACGGAUCCCAGUAGGACCAAUUCGGAGAGGUCAUCAUCUUCCACAUGCGACGAUACUCCUCCGUCGCCGGUCAUGUUACCGACACCCGACAGUUCGCGAGCGCGGCCGCAAAAAGAAGCUGCGGCCCCCCGGACGGACGUUCAAGACAGGACUCCACGAAGGACCUACCGACCCCCAGCUGUGGAGUUGCCUUCAAAAAACACUUCACGAUCCACUAGUAGAGAUGCGAUCGGUCAGGAUGACAGCUGGAGCCGAACUGCAUUGCCGAUAGAUCUUGAAAAUGAUACCGCUGCCGCAUCCAAUUUGAACAGUCUGAAAUCUAGCCCGCAACUAGUGCCAAACCCUACCUCAGCCUCUUUUACGGAGGACAUCAAGGAAAGUCUGGACGAGGAUGAAUUUAUGAAUAAGAACCAGGUCCAACAUUCCUUGCCUCCUAGGGCUCAAUCUGCUAUUGAUGUCCAUUCAACGAAUUUCUUGCCAGAUUUAAGGCACCGGGCCCUACAGCAGAAGAAAGAUAGAGGUGCUACAAUAUCAGCUAGUCUACCUGGCACGCCGCCACCGGAAAUAGUUGAUGGGGGUCCUCGAAAGUCCGCGUUGAGAACGUCUCGCAAAAAUAGUGCCAACAAUGAUGAACCUGCCACCAUAGUCUCUCCUGGUGCCGCUUACCUUCAAGAAGCCCGAAAAGCCGCGCCGGUUCCGCCCACCUCUACUUCUAGGGCGUUGCGACCGCACUAUACGCAUAAAAACUCGUCCAUUAGUAUCAAGAGCGUCGGAACUCCGGAUAACCGAUCGGAGCCUCUCGCUAAAAUGUUGGUUGAAUGCUGUAGUUGCAAGUUCUUCCACGAUAUGCCCUCGCGGGUGUACGAAUGCAUGGCUAAGCCCGACUCUAUUGUCGAGGACAAAUUGCUUGGCGUUUCGGCUACCAUCACCACGAUGGUCAAGUGCCCGUGGUGCGGGCAUGGCAUGAGUACCCAGUGCUGUUCCGGCUACGCUGCAGUUGUCUAUCUUAAGGAAAAGCUUCACGGAAAAUAA